AAAAAGUAAACUGCAAUUCUCAUUAGCAAUGACGGAUCUUAUCAAAUUCACUGCAGACUACAUUUUUAUGCAACGAUGAAACGACUGGUAUUGACUCUUUGUUUAUAAAAUUUAGUUUGUGCGGAAAAGCUGCGAAAGCCCUCCAUUUCAGCGGUAAAAAGUGACAAAAGGUGAGUAUUUCAAAAGGUGUAAAUUUGAAAAUGAUGGUGUAAAUAUGACUACGUUAGCUGAAGCACGUCACACAAGAUGUAGGGAGAGGAGUUUUGUGGGUAAACCCAGAAAGAUAUCCAGUGGUCUACCACUAACCAGAGUUCAGCGUGUAGCGCAUCGCUCAGACAUUCUUCUUGAUGAUCAGAUAUCGUUAGUGAAAGAUACUCAGGAUGCCUUAGAGAAAGCGAUGUUGUUGAUGUCAUCAUGUAAGGACCCUAGAGAACAGAGAGGAUGGGUGAAUGAGGUUGAUAGACUCAAGCUACAAUGUGAUGAGAUGCUUCUUAUACUCAAGGUGGUGAGGAAGCUGAGUGCAGAGCUACUCUAUGCCAAGGUAGAGGUAGAACAAGCUGCUCAGUCUCAGGGUAAUGUUGCUGCUGCUCGGAAGAGGGUUGUCUGGCUAGAGGACCGGAUGGAACAUCUUCUUGGUCGCUAUAGGAAUGAGUUCAGGCUUAAUUCUCCAUUGCCCAUACAACCAAGGUUUGUAACAGAGAAGAAAACUCGACCAGGAGCAGGUCGAGCAGGAACACACCAGACCAAGCGCACUAAUGACUCAUCUAGACCCAAGUCUAUCCUCAAACCUCCUAGAAGUCAUCUUACAGAUGAUGAGGAUGAGAGAGAUGUGAUGAGAUCAAGAGGAAGGGAGAGAGGACAGACGAACAUUGACAGGCCAGGUCUCAACAGGAAUCACAGACGUCAGAGAAACGAUCUCAGGGGUCUGGAGACAGAUGAGACUCAGAGCACUGGGGAUGAGGCUGGAGGGGACGGAGAAUGGGUUGCUAAGCAACGGUUGGCUCUCCGCAGCAGGGGUAGACCAGGAGGGGCGGGGGAGAGGGGAACAAGAGGAGCAAGAGGUGAACAGGGCGGUGGUGGUGAUGUACAAGGUGGCAGGAUUCAGGCCAUGAGGUCGCAUCAAGUUGGCGUGGAUACGGAAGACGAGGAAACAGAUGGAUCCCUGGAAUUAAAACGUCAUCCCAAAAGAGAGAGAGGGAUGAGACCGGGUGGGGGAAAAACAAGAAAUCAGGCUGUGGAAGAAAGUAGCAAAGAUUCCAGUGAAGAUAUCAGAAGUAAAGGGAGGAGAGCCACAGAGACUGAAGACGAUGAUGAGGAAGAUGAAGAGGAUGAAGAUGAGGAGACAGUUGGUGAACUAAGCACAAGAAGUGAUCUGGAUGAGGGAGAUCUUGGACGAAUUGAAAAUGGCGUCUUCAUGACACAGGAGUCCGCUCUGUCAGAGGAAAUUGAGAGCACGAGAGAGACAGCAUCAGUGAGCUCUGUCUCCAAGAGAGAAGAUGGAGCUCAAGGAGACGAUGAGAAGGAGGAGGAAGAUGAAGAGGAGGUCGAUGAGGGAGCUGCAUACUGGGAAUCACCUCAUCACAAGUUUGAAUACAAUGAUCAUCGUGAAGCUAUCAGUCGUGAGAAUCCCAUGUCGUAUCACAAUCUUGGUCUAGCUGUCUGCUCAUCAUUCAUAGAACCAGCUCCUGAGAUAGCCGCUGAGUUGCCAUGGAUACCAAUCAAGAAAGGAGAGCAGAUGUCUGAUGUUCAUAUGGCCAAACUCCUGCCCCUGCGCCCUGUUACUGCUAAAGCUGAAGAACUUAUCGAAGGAAAAGUAGCGUUAGAUAAGAUAGCAGAGAGGAUUCAUGACAUCUGGGGUAAGAUGGAAGAUGCUGCAGACGGAGCUUACCUCAGCCAUAUUGACGGUUCGGUUGGGUCUGCACGUUCAUCGCCUAUUCAAAUGGAGUCUCGGAAGCCUCCUAUUAAGGGAGACAAGACCCGCCCUCAGACUAAGAUGUCCAUGAUCAGAGCUAGAUCUGUUGCUAAGUCUAUGACAGAGUUUGAAGAGCCUCUUCCGAUGCCCUUUGCGAGUCCUCCUAGGACUGCUAUCAGCUCCAGUGCUCCCAUGCUGGUCUAUCAUCCUAAACCUGUCCCACCACCUGCUGUACUACCACUCACUAGGACAAAUCAUGAGAAGUUUUACCCUCGGAUAUCCAAUGAUUGGAAUGGUGAUGAUCCUGAUGGUAAAGAGAGAUCGCUGAGAAUCGUCAAUCAGAUGAACGUUGCCAAGGAAACCAACCUCCUCGUUUAUAAGAGCAAGGAGAGUAAACGAAAGAAGAGUACUAAGAGUGCCCUUCAGAAGCAGGCAGGAGGGGCUCUAGUCAUGAGAAGAUGGAGGAACGUCGCAGUGGCCAACGCCAUGGCAACGGCUCAAAUCUCUGCUUUUAUGGGGUCAAAGCAUCAGGGAUCUGGAAAGCUGCUAGAGAAAGACGAACCAAGGUGGAAGAGAGUAGAGCAUGUGCUUGGAAUGCUAGCAUCUGAUCGUGUGGUAGAGAGACGAGAUGCUGCUAGGCAUCUUGGAGAGUUGGAUGUUAUAGAGGACUCAGUCAUUGAAGCUCUUACUGACAGGCUUGAUCAUGAUGAUGACGGUAGAGUGCGCUAUGAAGCAGCUAGAUCUCUGAUGUCCAUCGGCGAAUGGACAGUCCCAGUGGUCAAGCUCAUUGUCCAGUAUCUAAAGGAAGGUAGUUAUCAGGCCAAGAGAGAUCUGGUAGAGAGUAUGAUCAAAGCCAGGGGUGCAGCCUUCCUCAGUAAGACGGAGCCUCAGAAUAGAGCGCUGGUUGAGACACUCAAGAAGAUUUGUGGAGCGGAGAAUCAAGGAGACCUUGGUUUUGAUUGUGCUGUAUGUCUAGGAUGUUUGUGUGUACCUGACAAACAAGCUAAGAUCAAACUCAUGGGAAGUCUUGAUAGUAAGGACAUCAAUGUUACUGCUAGGUCUCUUGAGAUCUUGGUACGUCAGAUGCAUGCCUCCGAGCCUGCUGUGGUCCAGAUGGUCUUACAUCAACUCCAGUAUUCAUCAGCAUGGAAGUACAGAGCAGCCGCUGCAAAGCUUCUUGUUCAUAUCGGGUCUAAGUGCAUGGCUAAUGAAGAUGAUGAGAAGAUGAUAUUCAGCAUAGCAGACAAACGGCUCUAUGAUGAUCCUAGUAGGGAGGUUCGAAGCGAGAUCGCUAACAUGAUGACAUCUCUAGGCCUGAAAGAGACGCUCUGUGAAUUGGUAGAGAAGAGAUUGUUUGAUGAGGAAGAUGAUGAAAGAGCUCAUGGUGUAUUAGCUGUGGGUGUUAUAGGGAUGAAAUCAGAGCGCAUCCAGCGUCAGCUCCUUGAGAUGCUGGAGCUAGACUCGUGUGAAUACGUGAGGAUCCAGGUGAUUAGGACUCUAGCUGACCUUGGUCUUACAAACAUCAAGGUCAUGAGAGCUCUCAAGAGUGUGGAGAGAAACGAGGGAGCACUGUCAAGAGAAUCAACGAAAGCCCUGAAGACCUUGAAUGCCAUUAAGCAAAGGCUUUCCGCCAGAAGCCCUCGUAGGACUCCAUCACGUUCACCAUCCAUUCCAGCUAGCUCAGUGGUGACAGCAGUGAGUAGGAAGAGAUCAAACACUCCUCUCCUCAAGAAGGUGGUGGUGAGAAGGAAUUCUAAAUCUGUCAAUCAAUCUAUCUGAAGUAAGGAUUUAUGUUGUGUGAAGUCCAAGGCAUGGCAUGGGUGUCUCUUG